AUGGUUCCCGAAACAACUAAUGAAGCAAGUUACUAUAUAAACGCCGGUAUUGCCGUCAAUUUUAACGAGGGCGUUAUUGUUAUCAACAAUGCAAAUGCUGCAGCCGAUCUUCUUAUCGAAGAUUCCUUUUUCUAUAACUGCAAGCGAAAUUAUGCAGGUGGAAUUGCAUUUUUCAGAGCAAACGGAAGCUUCGCGGCAGCACGUUCCUGCUGUUGCAAGAGCUCAUCAAUGUCGGAAGUGUAUACAGGCGCAGCAUUUUUCGUCGAUAUAACCCGAAAUGUCACAACAAAUUUUGUUACAUUUAUCGAAUGCACUCCAACAAAUUACCCUUCGAUAUCAACAAUCGCAUUUAGAGCUUCAUCAAUAAAUGUCAAAAGCGUUAAUUUUUCAAAAUGCAGCUGCAUGGCUGCCGGCUCUGUUGGAUAUGGCUCAAUAUCCUAUACAAACUUCGAAUCCGCGGUCUGCGCGAUCGUCCCUCAGGUCUAUCUUAUAAUCCUUAAUUACACAGAUAUGUCUUAUUGCAAUUUUGCCAACAAUUCAAUGGAAGUCGCUACUUCAGUUACCGCCAUCUACUGCUGCCAGAGCACGGUUGAAAUUCUCCUUUCGAACACAUGCUUCUUUAAUAAUGUUGCUGAUUAUGUUACAUAUUACUACAGAAAGCCCUUAGCGACCUACCUAUUCCGCAUGGUCGACUGUUAUGUCGACCGCGGAUACGUCGAAUGCAGGGAUACAGUUAAUGUUGUUUCAUUAAGUACUACUCAGCAGUUCACUUUCUUAUCUUCUUACAUUUGUGAGGCCGCAUAUACACCAGAGACAGACAACAGAAUAUCCGAUGCUGCCAAGACCGCUGCAAUCGGUGGCGGAACCGUCGGCGGCUCAAUUUUAGUUGCUGUAGGUGUUUGGGUCGGAAAGAAGGUAUUAGGAAAGGCAGCGACCAAGGCUAUCGGUUCUGCAGUGGCCGAUGAUGAUGAAGACGAUCAGGAUUAUUAUUAUUCGACUUAUUCUGAAGAUACUCCUGAAGAAAAGGAGGAAGAAAAGAAUAAGAAUGUUCCUGCUUCAUCUACAAUUAAGGAUGAAACAGCUUCCAUUCCAGAAAGCCAAGAAAAGAACCAACUUCAGCAAGAAAAUGAAAAUUCAGACCAAGGAGAUAUACCUUUAGCAAAAGACGAUGAUUGA